GAAACGCGCCCCAGGAGCUCCGGCAUACGCUCUGCGCAAGCCGGUGCCAUAGACUUCGAGCGUGCCGUCGUCCUUGCCCCGGACGAGCUGGUGCAUGACGCAUCGUCCCUCUGCGCUCACUGUGGCGUUAUCGGGCCCGUCUGACCACGUCUGACUCCCCCUCGCGUUUCCCACAAUGGACUCGACAUACACCCGCUCACCACCCCGGCCGCGACACCGCAAACGUGCUUCGCUCAGGUUGUCCACGGAUUCCAGCGCCUCGACGCUCUCGCUCCCCGUCUACACCUCCCCUCCGCCCGCGGCCGUCCCCCAGACGCUCUGGGAGGACCCCCCGUCCGAUAAGCCCCCAGACUAUCCGGACAGCGCGGAGGAGGCAGAUGAAUCGGAUUCCGACAACCACCAGCGAGUCUAUCUCCCCCUUCGGUCCGUUCACAGUCCCCCGCUCUCGCCACGCCGCCGAUUACCACGGAGGAAGCCCGCGGAUUCGCAGCUCGACUCACUGCUCGAGCGAAGUAUACAAGCGCUGGAAAUGUCGAACACGCUCUUGCAGUCGAGCAUGUCGACGCAGACCAGUCUCAGCACCCUCCUUGCCCCAGAGCCAUUGCCCGCCGACGCGGGCCUGGACGCCCGUGCGCACGCGUUGUCCGCCCGUAUCAGCCGCAAUCGGGAGGUGUACGCCAGCUGGAUGGACGAUAUGGACGAUAUGGCGGAACAGGCGGCAGGGCUCUACGCGGAACUGGAGCCCGAGCCGGUGAGCCAAAGCUUGCCGACAUCAUCGAGUAUGCCCACCACCCUGCGGGAGCGCAGGCACCGCCCAAGGAUGUCCAUGGACUCGCGUCGACACGCAUUGUCCGAGACGACCGCCCUGACCCUGUCUAAUCACGAUCGGAACGAUUUUGUCUCCCCUGCGCCUCGUGCGUUGACGGUGUAUGUCAACUCGACUGAUGAUCCCGAAGCGAUUGCACUGCCAUCGACGCUCGGACUGAGAUCAUCUCCUUCUAAAUACCCGAGUCCGUGCAAAAACCAAGAUGCAACGCCCACACGGCCUUACAUACAUUCAACCGCAUCCACCUCAUGCCUGCCCGAUCGAUCAUCGACCUCAUCCACACCGAAGGCACACAGCGUCCUGUCCUCCUUCCUCAAACGGAGCCCUUCACCCGCAUCCUCCACUUUCAACGUCUUCCGUAGAAACAGUAUAUCAAGUGACUCCAGAUCAUCCCGCAGGUCUUCGCUCAAUACCCCAUCGCCUACCCGCCAUCGACGCGGAUCCGACUCGAGCACCUCUCGGUCGAGGUCGGUCACCCCGAAACGCGCCGAUCAGACACCUCUUCCGGUACCCCGCAUCAUGACCGCGAUCGAGGAGCUACCCUCCUCGCAAUCCUCGCAGUCGUCGUCGGAUCACGAUGACACGCACCAUGCUCAUCGGACACUCGAGUCCCUGCGUAAGAUCAUGGAUGCCCAACCGCAACCGCCUGCCCUAACCGUUAGCUCCACGCGAUCCACCUCUCCCAAUCGAAUACCCCGUCCUCGUUUCAUGCCGCUCACCGCGCCUCCCUCUCCCUCGGCUGGCACAUCGAAUACCACAGCAUCGGUCUCGCGCCUUCUCACUAAGAACCAGCACAUGACAUCUACCCGAGCACGAUCUCCCCCCAAACAGUCGUCAUUGAAGCGCCGCCCCGAAAACCUCUCCGCGCCACCAACCCCCAGUCCGCUUACGCCCACGCACUCGAUGUUUGGGAUCCUUCCUACCAGGGCAGCCAGCGCGGCAUCCUCGGGCCGUUCUACGCCGAAGCGCAUAUCCUUCGCCGAACUUCCCGAGUCCUACGCGCAGAGCAAGCCCGGAGGCCCGGACAUCAAGUUCAAGGAGAAGAAGAAACGGAAGGGAAAGGGAAAGGGAAAGGAGAGCCAGCCUGCCGGCAGCUGGUGGACGUCGUGGUUGCUUGGCAGCAGCGCGAGUUCCAGCCUUGCCGGCGUAGGCCGGGAGGAGCGGUUGGAGGAGAGGAUGGCGGGGAAGGCGUGGGGAAGCGGUGGCCGCCCCGGGUACGGGGGAUUUGAUGAUUGGGGUAUGUGAGAUCGAGCUAUUGACCAUGGCUGUGUUCACGACCGGUGAUUAUGUCUGCGCUCUAAUUUAUGUAUCUGAUUGUGACCCUACCUUUACGCUCAUUACGGACGAAUACUUCAUCGUUAGCAUUUGUACUCUCGCGUGGAACGCAAUGUCGUCACGAUCGUGCCGG